CCAAAGAUACAGUAAGAGGUUUUGUGGAUCCUAGGUUUAAACAAGUUAAAGAAAUUUUUGAGAAAAAUAUUGAAAGUGGAGAAGAAGUUGGUGCAUCCGUUACAAUUUAUUAUCAAGAUAAAGUUGUAGUUGAUUUAACCGGAGGGAUUGCUAAUAUUGAGACUGGUAAAAUUUAUGAUAAAGAUACACUGCAACUUGUAUUCUCAUGUACUAAAGUAUUG